AUGUCUUCCCGUUCACCAUCGAGUAAGCGACAUUCCCGUGGCAAGUCAUCGCCUCCUCCUCAAUGGUCUGACGGUGGUCACACUUCAUCUUCCCUCCGAAGCCAAAAUUCCCGCCUGCCAACGAUGCCUACCAUGCCUUCUAUACCUGCGAUGCCGGCCUUACCCGACCUAUCCCCAAUCAUCCCACCAUAUAACGGGAGUUUUCAUCGUUCACCUCAAAUCUCAUCAACCUCCAAGACCCAAAUGACCACUUCGAUCGCACCGCCACGAUCCGACUCUCUUCGUCAUUUAGCCUCCUCCACCGCACAUCGAUCACCUAGGCCUAAAUCUCCACCUCUAGCCCAAUCCGGAUCAUUCAGACGUCACAGUCAAAGACAAGAGCCCCACUUUUUAGACUACCCAAAUGAAAAGGCGUUUCCAUCACCUCAAAAUCAACCUUCUAACAGAUUAGUCCGCUCCGAUUCUCUCGCCUUAUCGAGUUUGAACUUAUCUCGAUCCCCAAGUAUUUCCUCUUCCGACAGUGGACAAAGUCAGACAAUUGUCACCCCCCUUCCGGACCGUCAGAAAAGAAGAAGUAAGCUACUUCCGGCCAUUCCUUUAAGUGUGGAAGUGAAUAGUCCUCCUCUGCCGUCAUCGACCAAAUAUGGCAAACAAAGCGAAUCACGUAGGAAAUCGAUCAGGUACGAUGCCGACCAAGUGCACAUUGUCGUCAACAGUGCUUAUGACGGAGCGGAAUGGUCUACUGACAGUGAAACGUCAAGCGGGAACUCUAGGGUAAUGACGGGAGCUACAUGGUCUCAUCGAAACCAAGAAAACAUGCAGGGAUCUAAGAUGCAAAGGGUCAGUGGUCAUGGGACCGGUUCAACCGGUGAAGCCGGUGACGAGAAAGAAGAUAUGAAACAGUGUAAGACUUCGAUCGACACCCAUGACCGUGACAUUUCGGAACGUCCUAGAUCUAGUUCGCUGCGCAAAUCAAAAUCUAUAACACCGCCACGACCAGCGAGACGAUCAUCUACGUUUUUGUCUCACGAGGAACCUCCCACGCCACCCAUCUCACAAUUUUACUCUCCCCUUGCUACCUCUUCUCGUUCUGUCGCCGGCCCGGCUGUGCAUCGUCAUCACCAGGAGGUCCCUUCACCAGAGGUCGCAUAUCGAAGUGAUUUCUCUACUCCUCGUACAAACCUCACCUAUUCUCGGACGGACUUCACAUCGCCCAAGACAGACUUUACCUCUCCCAAAGACGACUUCACUCCGUCUCGUCAAGCCUCCCGUCCUUCUCUCUCGUCUCAUUCCCCUUCUCGAUCUCACAGACCGGAUUUCUCCGACCCUCCUAGAGAGCUCCAACCUCCUCGUCCUAUUCUCCGUUCAGUCUCUCCAUCCGAUUCUCAGUGUUCCGACGCUCCUACUCCCCGCGCGGCUGUAGGUAGCCGGCCCAACCCAAUCGUUCCAUAUUCGAGUAACGUACUGAACGCCGUCCAAUCCGAUACAGCAUCCACCAAUUCUACUUCAACUACCACUUCCAGAAAGCGUGAUUCGACACAACGUCGUUUAUCAGCCUUACGAGGUCUAGUCGCCAAUCUCGAUUUCUCCCAACAUUGGGGAGUCUCCGAGAGAUCGUCAUCAUUUUCUGAAUCAGAUUCCGAGACAGAUAGCAGCGUAAUGUUCUGGGCUUGUACAGGAUCUUUCGAUACCUUACCUUCUGCUAUUGGCAAGGUGUCAGAUCAAGAUCAUGGUUGGCCAUCACCAUCACGAAAGGCUAUCCCGACCAUUUCGGAUAAACGAAAGUCUAUGACCCCACCUCGUAAAUCUAGAAUGACACGUUCAGGAUCCGAUCAUAACCUUCCUGAACCCCCUCGACCCCGUCAGCGUAAAGAAGUCUUUGACGUAGCUUCGUCAGGUAUCUCCAAAUGCUUCUCCGAAUCUUCUUCUCCAACGGAAGAGAUGUCCUCGUCCUGGAGGGAAAGCAUAGGGGUUGAAGCAUGUAGACGAGCGGAACAAAUGGGACCUUUAGAGGUGAAAAGACAAGAAGUCAUUUGGGAAAUGUGUGAGACGGAAGCCGCUUUCCUCAAAUCGGUAAGGACGACAUUACGUCUUUUCGCCACUCCGUUGAAAACACCACAAGGUCGUUGGAUCGAUGGGAUACAACAACAAGUCACCGAAUUGUUUGACGCUUUGGAAGGAGUGGCACAUGCUCAUGGUAUUCUUUGUGCGUCUCAAAGGGAUAUGCGUCGUAAGACAGGACUUUUGAAUGUUGGACAAUUCGUCGCUUCGUUCAGAAACUGGGUGGACAAGUUGGAAAUGCACGAAGAAUAUUUGUUGAGGUUUGAAAAGGUGGUAGCACUUGUGGAAGAGAGUGUAAGGGAUCCGGAAAACGUUUUUGGAGAGUUUGUGAGGAUGCAAAUGAAGGAAGAGGUUUUGGGAAGUAUGUCUUUAGGGAGUAUGUUGUUGAAGCCGGUUCAAAGGUUGACCAAGUAUCCGUUGUUCCUCAAGCGACUUCUCGAUGCUACCGCUCAUCCUCAUCCCGCUCAUUCAGAACUCAUGUCCCUCCUCGCUCACACUGAAUCCAUAAUCCUCACACUCCAAGCUACCAAAGCCAAGGAAGAUGACUACGACGCUCUUAUUUCCCUCUCUUCCAAACUCCACGGUCUACCUGACAACUUCAAUCUAGCCAUUCGAGGAAGAAAACUUCUCGGUACUGCACAAGUACAGUUAGUCCGUAUGCCAUCAACCUCUCCUAUGGGUCGAACAGGAAGUAUGUCAUCCUCUCGAUCUUAUUCUUCAGCUUCAUCAACUCCAUCAUCUCCAUGGGACCUUCAAUCAUUAUCAUCAGCAAGGACUUCAGCAUUUUCAGUAUCCACAACAUCUUCCACACCUUCAAGAAGUAAUAGUACUCAUUCUCAUUCAUCACCUCUUGGUCGUUCACCAAGUUCAGGAUCCGUCGAAAGACCAGUCACUCCAAAAAGACGUAAAGAAGAUAUUCUCACUAUGAUGAUCUUCGAUGAUUUAGUGAUUUUAGCUCAACAACCUGAUAAAGGUAUAUUCAAAAAACGUCAAGAAGGUUUACGAGUUAUAUCAGAAAUAGAAGGUGGUGUUGGGAGAGUAUUGGAAGUUAAAGAUUUCCCAAAUUCUUCAAUCCCUUGGUCUGCUUCAACUUCGACAUCGGGAAUGUUUAUUCUGACCACUGCAUCAGUUAUGGGGAACGGUACGAAUACCAAUGUAUUUACCGUCCUUUCGAAUAACAUGAAAGGUUCACCAAAAUCUCCAAAAUCUCCAAAAUCGAGUGCAACGGGUAUGAUGCCGGUGUUGAUGGGAGUGAGGGAUGUUGUGGAUUGUUUAGCACAGACAACUUGUACGGAAGGUUCAAGGAGUGAUAGAUGUGAUAGGAGUGAAGGAAUGGGAGGAGAGGGUGAAAAGGAAGUUUUGGAUGAAGGUGUUUGGGAGUUUGUACGAUGA